AUUGCCUUCCCUCUUGUGGUCAUUUUUGAACUCGUUGGAUGCUUUCUGAUGCGGUUAAUCAUUCCAAAUCUUCCGAUUCGCGGCAAAUCCUACACCGUGGCUGCAACAGUUGCUGCGUUUUUGUCAUUCGCACUGGUCUACGUUGGGGUGCCUGGCCUCAACCCCGUUGUUGCAUCGUCCAGAAUGUUCGGUUGCGACGGUCUUGACACUCAGUGGUUCAUCGCCCUCUAUUGGGUCAGUAACACAGCUUCAUGCUUUUUCAAUGGGAUGAAGUGA